AUGAAAGGAAUCAUGCGAGCUGAUGACGCCGAAGAAGCGAUUGCUCGAGGUGUGCACGGAAUAAUUGUAUCGAAUCAUGGAGGACGACAACUGGAUAGCGCUCCUGCUACUAUAGACGUACUUCCGAGCAUUGUGCAAGCUGUUAAUGGGAGAGUUCCGGCCAUAGCACUUGGCGCCAGCGGGGUAUUCGUUGGUCGUCCCGUGAUCUGGGGUUUGACCGUAGGGGUAAGCUAGAG